AUGGGCUUGGACUCUGAGCUGUAUCUGCAGUCCAACCCAACUGAUGAUUAUGCUGGCUGGAACGACGUACAAUACUCUCGAAAACCCAAGGGUGCCUUGCAAGAUUGCGGUGAGAGCCGUAUGCAAAUCCGUGGUAAAGGCAGCUCUAAGUACCCUGGAUACGAUAUACCAUUUCGCUCCAGCUACGCUGUUGGUGACAUGGUCUUGCAUGCUACUGAUACAAGAUUCUUCAUGAUUAAAUGUCUUACGGCUGCCGCCGUAACUACUUCACAACAAGAUGGAACCUGGUCAACACAAAUCAAGAAUGUAGCUAAAUUGACAGAAGCUUUUACUACAAGUCGAAAUGUGAUAUUAUUUUUUUCGGUCAACCAGAGCAAGGCAUUUCAAGGUUAUGCACGGAUGGAAACACUACCAGGAGAUGAAGAGCUUCCUAUAAACAGUGACUCAUUCAAAGGCAAACUCAGCCCUCCUUUCAAAGUCAUGUGGCUGAAUAUUGCCUUCACCAAAUUCAGACAUGCUGCCCAUCUUCCCAAUUCUUACAAUGAAGACGCACCAGCAUUGGUUGGGCGCGAUGGCCAAGAGAUUGACCCAGGCUGUGGAUUGGAACUUUGUUACGUUCUCGACCAGACUCCAGCACAUAAAAGGAAAUCAUACGCCUCCUUAGAUCUGGUUAGCGAACCUUAG